AUGCUCAUGACCGAGACGUACGUCCGCGCGGGGGCGUCCACGACCCCGGCCGCCCUCAAGAACCCCAAGACCAGCCCCAGUCGAACUCACCCCAGCAGUUCCAGUGGCGCCGUCAUGGACAGCGACGUCGACGCUUCCAGUGAGCGACUGCGGCUCAAGAUCCAGCCCAGUCCGCCCAAGUUCCCGUAUCGAGACGGACCUUUUGACCUCACAGUGUACCUUGUGGACCCAAGUGACCACCUCAAAUCGGGGCUGACGCUGCCGCUCAAGGUCCAGCUCUAUGCUGCGGAGAAGAUGCUGCCUGUGGAGAAGGACAUUCUCCACAUUGACCCAAGUACAAAGCCACUGAUGGACCGCGACGGUAUCUGCCGUCUGCGGCUGAGCAUCAGCGAGUGCUCCAUGGCGCUGGGCAACCGCAAGUUUGUGGUCCACAUCUCGGCAGCAACGGCAAACGAGACGGGGACCCAUUUGAACGUGACGCCCGCGGUGACGUCCGAGAUGACGGUGAUUCAGCACCGGUUACUGAUUCAAGAGCAGCUUCCGGAGCUCUGGUACAAAGACGAAGGGGGCCGAGACAAGUGCAUGAUGCUGCCUGUGUAUCUGGUCAAUGCCAAGAACGAGCGCGUGGGGAAUCGCCCCGUGCCACUGCGUGUGACGCUCUUGUACGAGAGUGAACACCCGGUGCUGAAGCAGGAUAUUCUCAAGAUGUCUCCAGACUGCCAGCGCACUAUAGAUGCCACUGGCAUGGCUGUGCUGAAACUGCGGAUUGAAGACGUGUCCAAGAACCAUCAAGGUCAAGCUUUCCGUCUCAAAGUAGAAGCCGAUACAGCUCAGUCACCGCUGAAUUUUGACGUUGCCUACGACCUCAGCUCGUCCAUCUCGGUACGCUCGAAGCGCAACAAGCGUCGACCCGGCAAGAUCGCCCCGGCGCAGAUUACACAUCACAUCAUUAACGGCGCAUCAACACCGAUGUCAACGACGUCAUCGCCUGCUUCGAACGCCGACCAUGAGAUGAUGCUGGCUGGUGCUUUCGGCUCGGCUGCGUUUACAGCCGAUGAUCGACGCAAACGGAUGCGCACUGGAGGCAGCGCGUCUCCGGGCACUCCGCGAGUAGGUGGUAGUCCCCGAUCGAGUAAUUCGCUGACGGGUGCCAUGGAAAGCGUUCUAACUUGGACUGGCGGGGUCGUGAACGGACUUCACCAACUGGAAUGGCAGACAGUGGGAUAUGAAAGCAAAAGUGAUGGUGCAGCCGACUUGGAACGACCUAUUUAUCGUUGUCCGGCAUGCUGGCGUUACAAAGACGUCAUGACAUACGAAACGGCCCAGCACGAUACCAAGUGCCUGAUUGCGAAUCUUUUGCUUACAUAUGCAACGGAUACGAUGGGGCACCUUGACUUUGUGCUCAAGGGGAUUGAGCGCUUUCCAGCAAUGAUUGCUAGUGCACAGGCUGCUGCUCAGAAAGCAGCAGUAAAACCGAUGGGGCACAUGUCAAAUCGGAACGCUGGUGGACCGUCACUUGUAAGCCCGCAGAAUGGUGGGAUGCUGAGCGUGAAUCCACUGGCAGAUAGUACAUCCUCUAGCCAGCAAAUGAUGACUUCGGCUGUGAUGAUGGAGUCUAGUAGUAUGGGACCUUCUGCCUCAUCAAACCACUAUUCGAUGAACAACAGCUCGUCCGGGAUGACUGUGGCGACAUCAAGCACUAUGAGUGGUAUGACUGGUAUUGAAGGUCCUCCUGGUUUGUUUCGCAAUAACUCGGGUGGGCUCACCGAGUUUAUGCGCUCGUUGGAUGACCAAGACUCAAAUGAUCCUAUGUUUUACCAGAACAUCGCUAGCAGCAGUAACAACCAUCGCAGUGCCAGUGGCAAUCAAAUUGCCGAUGCCAUCGAAAUGCAAGUGUUUUACGUGGUCGCGCGCAUGAUCACGCUGAAUGCCAGCAACGCGAUCGGCUUCCCAGCAUUUGACGUAAAUAUGAACCUCUUGGGGUUUUACCAAGAGGGUCGCGAGAAUGCGACGACGGAAGUGGUGUUUGUGCCGGUGAGCGGAAUUCCGGCUAUUUCUCAAGGCGAAAUCGUGGAGACCCAGCGGCUGCUGCAGACGGAGAUGAAGAGCAACAGCUCUGCAGUGCACACGCUGGCGCGGUGCAACAACGACCUGGUGAAGCUGAAGGAAGACGUGAUCCUCUUCCACUGGAACGCGAAGGAUCGAAUUAGUCCCAAGUGGUAG